AAAGAAGUUGACAAAAAGGCUAGAGCACUGAUGCACCCUUGCCUCAGAUAAAUUCUUUGAAGUAAUGAGCUGUAAAUAAGGCUACCUAAUCAGUUGUUAUGUUUGCAUUUCGAGUGGGCCAUGAGAGACCAUACUCGAACAUAACAAAGCUGCAGGUUCGAACUCUCACCGAAAUUUCGGCUCCAUAUCCAUUUUAUCACUGUGGCCAUAUCCAUUUUAUCACCGUGUCCGAGCCCUCCUCGUACCAGAAUGCAGCAGCACCCGUCCAAGGUUAAAAGCCUUGCCAGGGUCCCAUUCGCCUGCCCCCGCCCAUCCCGCCUCCCGAACUGGCUCCUUUGUGCUCCCUGAUCCAAGAACCCCGCUUAUCCGAGCACCGCACGCCCGCCCCCCUCGUUCCCCCUGCCCUCGCUUUUGGCCUCCCGCCCUCCACACAGCCUACCUUGCUGAAGGUCAAGCCUCUUCCAUGGCCCUCCCCCUUGAAUUGCCCCACCCCCUACCUCUCCUGCCCCCGCUUCCCUUCUAUGGCCUCUCUGAAAAAUGGCGUCUCCGCCCUCUUUUCCUAGGAUUUUCUCCACUGUCAGUGUUGAUGACACCGUUGUUGACAGCAGUGAUGAGUGGCCGGCGAGCAAGUUGAGGGAGAAGUCCAUCCAGACGGCUGCUCGAUCUUUGCAUCCCCUCCCCUUCCGGUGAGGACUUCCUCCAUCUCUCUCCUACGUCCCAAUCUUCCCUCCAAAAGGCCCUUGAAUUUGGAACGGCGCAAGAGCAAUCGGAAAAUUACCUUUUUUCCUCACGUGUGAUGCACGUGAUGACUUUCUUUAGUUCUCCAAACUCGAAAAAGGUACGAUUUCGAGAGAGAGAGAUUCGACGUGUCUUGUUGAAAUCUUUUCUUUCCCGAUCCCAUUUCCUCUUUCCCUCUCCCCUCCCGGCAACCGAGACUGCCGCCGACUCUCGCCGGUGCUUCCCUCUCUCUCUCUCUCUCUCUCUCUCUCUCUCUCUCUCUCUCUGUGUCCCCUCUCUGUUUCUCUCACCAUGAAGCCCUUGAAGCGGAUCAAAACCCUCGCUUCCCCCAAUCCCCACUCUCUCCCUUCCCUCUCCUCUCUUUUCUCGUCCUCUCCCCCUGACCAAAAACCCCUUCUCCCGUCUCUCCCAUCCCAAAACCCUCAUCAAACCCACGAAUCCCCUCCCCAAUCACCCAUCCCUCCUUCAAAAUCCCACCUUUAUGCCUCCUUCUUCUGCUCCCUAAUCGAAACCUACAUCUCCUGCUCCCAAUUCUCCAACGCGAUCACCGCCUUCCACCACAUGAGAACCCUCGGUCUCAACCCUACCCUUCAUUCAUGGAAUCGCCUCCUCUUCAGGUUCAACUCAUCGGGUUUAGUCUCUCGGGUGCCGCUCCUCUACUCGGACCUCCUCCAUUGCCGCAGAAAACCCAAUCUUUUCACUCACAACAUCGUCAUUCACGCCUUGUGCAAAAUGGGCAUGCUCGAAACGGCCUUGAAUCUGCUGCGAACCGUUGAAGCUGAUACCGUGAGUUACAACGCUGUAAUCUGGGGGUUCUGCGAGCAAGAAAUGGCCAAAAUAGCGAUCGGGCUCUUGUCGGAGAUGUUAAAGAGGGGGUUUCAAUUUGAUACUGUUAGUUGUAAUACUUUGGUUAAGGGAUUGUGCCAAAAAGGGUUGUUGGAUGAUGCUGAAUCGUUGAUGGAGAUGUUGGUUAGAGGAGGGAUCGGUAGGGAUCUUGUCGGGUUUAAUACUCUAAUUGAUGGGUACUGUAAACUUGGGAGUAUGAGUGGGGCUACUCAGUUGGUGGAGAGAAUGAAAGGCAACAAUACUUCACCAGACAUCGUCAGUUACAACACUCUGAUCGAUGGGUUUUUUAGAAUUGGGGAGUUUGGGAUGGCAAAGAAUCUGAUGGACGAAGAAAGGCUGGAUUUUGAGCCAAAUGUUAUAACACACACAACUUUCGUUGGAGCUUAUUGCAAAAGAAAAGGGCUGGAAGAAGCGUUUCUGUUGUAUGAAGAUAUGGUGAAGAGUGGGAUCUUGCCAGAUGUGGUUACUUAUAGUUCUCUUAUAAAUGGUCUUUGCAAGAAUGGUAAAUUAUCUGAAGGGUAUGCACUUUUGAGGGAAAUGGAGAACAUGGGUAUUGCACCGAACCAUGUCACUUACUGUAAUCUAAUUGAUACAUUGUAUAAAGCUGGAAAAGCUCGGGAGGCAUCUAUGCUUCAAGGUGAAGUGGUUGCUCGUGGUGUUGUCAUGGAUUUGGUCUUGUACACUGCUCUGAUGGAUGGACUUUUCAAAGCAGGAAAAGUUGAUGAAGCAGAGGACGUGUUUCAGCUGAUUUCAUCACUUAAUCUCAUUCCGAAUCAUGUUGUUUAUUCAGCAUUGAUUGAUGGGCAUUGCAAGGCUGGAAAUAUGCAGAGCGCAGAAUUAGCACUUCUGGAAAUGCAGAAAAAGUCACUGAGUGCAAAUGUCGUAACUUACUCUUCUAUCAUCAAUGGCUAUACCAUAAAGGGAAUGCUCAUAGAGGCGGCUGAUGUUAUGAGGAAGAUGAAGGAAAGGAACAUCCCCCCCAAUGUUGUGACAUAUGGAACUCUCAUUGAUGGCUUCUUCAAGAUGGGAAAACAAGAUGCAGCUUUUGAAAUGUACAGAGAAAUGACAGACGAGGGCCUGGAAGUUAACAACUAUGUCCUUGAUGCAUUGGUGAACGGGUUGAGGAAGAACGGGAAAAUGGAGGCAGCAGAGAGCUUGUUCAGAGAUGUGAUGCGAAGAGGUGUUUUGGUGGACUGUGUUAAUUACACCUCUCUUAUGGAUGGCCUUUUCAAAACUGGGAACGUGUCUGCUGCUUUCGGAGUUGGUCAAGAAUUGAUGGAGAGAAAUCUAGUCCCUGAUGUUGUUGUCUAUAAUGUCUUUAUUAAUUGUCUUUGCAUGCUUGGCAAGUCUGGAGAAGCAAAAUCUUUUUUCACUGAAAUGAAAAAUAUGGGCUUAACUCCUGAUCACGUGACAUAUAACACCAUGAUUAGUGCACACUGCAGAGAAGGAUUGGUAGACAAGGCUCUUGAACUCUGUUAUGAAAUGAGGAAUAGCGGUCUCGUGCCUAAUCUCAUGACUUAUAAUACCUUAAUCAGAGCUCUCUGUGAGGUUGGGAAUGUUGAGAAGGCAAUGAAUUUAUUGAAUGAAAUGGCUCUUGCUGGAUUUUGCCCAAAUGCUUCGACUCAUAGGAAAGUGUUGAAAGCAUGUUCCAGGCAAAAGAGGGGGGACUUGCUUUUGCAAAUGCAUGAAUGGAUGGUAACAAUGGGACUACGCUCUGAUAUAACUGUUUACAAUACACUAAUUCAUAUUUUGUGUAUACUUGGGAUGACAAGGAAAGCUACCGGUGUUUUGAAAGAUAUGUUGGGAAGAGGGAUAUCAGCAAAUACAGUUACUUUUAAUGUUCUUAUGCUUGGACAUUGCAAGAGUGGCCAUCUAGAUAAAGCCUUUGCUACAUAUUCUCAGAUGCUACAUGGAGGUGUUUUGCCGAACACCGCAACUUAUAACACUCUGUUAGGUGGCCUUUCAUAUGCUGGAAGGAUAGGAGAAGCAGACAAACUAAUCAACGAGAUGCAGAAAAGGGGACUAACUCCCAACAAUGUUACUUAUGACAUACUGGUUUCAGGCCAUGGAAAGCAAGGAAACAAAAAGGAAUAUGUAAGGCUAUACUGGGACAUGGUGAGGAAAGGCUUCAUUCCUAAAGUUAGCACGUACAAUGUGCUUAUCAGUGAUUUUGCCAAGGUGGGAAUGAUGAAACAAGCUAAAGAGUUGUUUAAUGACAUGCAGAAAAGAGACAUAUUGCCUAAUUCUUCAACAUAUGAUAUACUGAUCAGUGGGUGGUCAAAGCUAUCAAAUGGAGCUGAAGUGAAAAGGCUUCUGAAAGAGAUGAAUGAAAGGGGCUUUUCUCCUUGUGAAAGUACGCUUCGUUCUAUCAGUAAAGCCUUUGCAAGACCAGGGAAGAAGUGGCUGGCUCACAUGUUAUUAAAAAAGAUGUAUAAAACUUAAGAUGGUUAAAUUUGGGGUUCCUUGCCAAUUCAAGUACUAAAAGCUGGACUAGUUUGAGACAAGUUGUGAUCUGAGUGCCAAUUUCAACUGCAAUUAGCAGAAAUGCUAUAAUGAUGGCUGUGUUCCAUACAUCACCUGGUCCACAUAUUGACUAUUCCUGCAAUCAUUUUCUUCAGCUAUUCAAUCAGGUAUCAGGAAUGUCGAGCUUCCAAAUUUCUUCAGCCAAACAGGCUUGGUUCAGAAAGUUCGGUUGUAUGUGAACAGUGACAUCUUAACAGGAUGUCCUUGAUAGCCUUAUGCCGCUUAUUUCCUAGCUACACAGUUCAGUUGGGCUGCGAACUUUUAUAUUGUUUUAUUCACAAAUUAUUAUUAUUAUUUUGAACCGUAUGCAUCCAAAGGUGCACGUACGGUUCCUAAAGGAAACAAUUUUGUCUUAAGAAAAAUUCCUGCAGCUACCAUUGUAACAGCGUAAGGAUCGGAAUAGGUCCUUCCAUGGUAUCACAUGUAACCAUACGCGGAGGGGGAAUAGUGCAGAUUCUGUAUAUUGUUUAGUUCACAAGUUAUGGAUACGCCACCCAUAAUGGAAUAGUACAAAGCACAGGUGCUAUUAACUGCUUGAAAGUGAAGGCACAGGCUUAACUGAUCAUAUUGAGCGUUUUGGCUGCCUGUCUACUACCAUGUGUUGACUUGCUCCUCAUCUACUUCUUUAAGUUAUAGAAGAAGUCAAACUCAGAAGUGUUCUAUACAAGCAACAAGUGUAAAAGUGAACUUCUCUUCUAGAAACUAUCUUCUCUUUGGAUUAGUUUGCUCCUUGAAAUGCAAAUUUUUUCUUUAUUUUCUUUCUCUGUUAUUUUUUAGAAUAUGACUAAUCUCACUUCUGUCCUUAAGUUGGAAUGUAAGCUUUGCAAAUCUGCUUUGUCGUCUAUAUAAUCUGACUGUUUUCACAGGUCAUUUUUAGGUGGGACUGGUAGGAUUAAUUUUCUUGGUCACUAUGGCUUAGUGGAGUAGAUUUCUUUGUUUCUGUGAGAAGGAUCAAGCUACAAUUUGGGAAAAAAAAGGAUUCUGUGCCCUUUUUCUCUUCUUGAAGGCUUAUGCUUGUUAGCAUCUCCAUGAAAGAUUGAAAGGUAAGACAGCCUUUUCAUAAUAUGCUGAAGUGCCAGCUCCUUUCAUGAGUUGCCUUUUCCUACCUUAUUCAUAGUUACAAAUCCACCAACUCAUUCACCAACUUUCAGUUCUUGAUGUUGCCUUCAUAGGCAAAGUCUGUUUAGGAUGGAUGGAAGUCUUAAGGUUCUCUCCAUCUCAAGUUCAACUAAUUAGAUGAGAACUUUCUGUUUUAAUUUGAGAAUUCCAUCCAUGAGUAGGUGGGGAUUAGGCAUGUUGGUUAAAUAGAAAGUAUUUAUUUCCUCCCUUGUUCAGGUACUCGAUGUAUUUCAUUGCUCAUGAAAUUCCAUGUGGUUCCGCUUCAUCCAGAGGAGCAAAACUUCCAGACUGUCAGGGAAAUACAUUCUAUAGAUAACCAUGCCAACAAGUCUAUAACUUCAACUUAAUCCAUCACAAGAUAUCCUUUGUAAUUCUUUGAAUCAAAAGAAAAUUGGCCAUUACCAUUUUAGGCAAUGCCAAUGGUGCCAAAGGUCCAAAAAAAAUUUUCUCAACUUUUUGCAAAUAUUUACAGGCGAGUCAAUUCUUGUGUUCCUGGAUUAUCCUGUUUUCAGAAUAAAGCAGAAGCAAUUGGUGAAGCAUGUCCGCAUGCAGCUUAACAGAAAUCAGGAUAUAAUGAAAUAAGUUUUUUUUUUUUUUUUGUUGUGGAAGGAGUUUGAUUAAAAAUAUCAAAACAAGCUACAAAAUUUGGCUAAUGGAGAUGAUUCCUUUCCUUA